CCCACGCACGCACAAAACGGCGGUUCCGUCUCCGUCUUUGCCCGCCCCACGAGAGCUUCACUGGGCAGGAGUACUGGAGGACUCUUCCAGUGCCUUCGAAAACACCCGCGUUCUCCCUUUUCACGACGAAGAAGAUGGUGAAGUGAUUAAUCAAUCGCAGAGAGCAACGGCCCCAACGCCGUCACCAAUCAGCUUCCGAUGGCCGACGCGAUUCGGUCGUCCGACGAUUCGCCCGCUCCUUCCCCUCUCGAUCCUCCUUCCCGCACAAUCUGCCACGUGUGCCAGAAACAAUUCUCGCAGUAUACUUGCCCUCGAUGUAAUUCCCGCUAUUGUUCCCUGCAAUGCUACAAGUCUCACAGUGUUAGAUGCACGGAAUCUUUCAUGCGGGAGAAUGUAGUUGAGGAGCUGCGCCAUGUCCAAUCGAACGAUGUGACCAAGAGAAAGAUGUUAGACAUACUUAAAAGACUCCAUUCAGAAGAGGAGGAGGAGAGUAUGGAUGAGGAAGGUGAAGAUUCAGGUCUCUCCGAGGAGAUUAUAGAAAAGAUUUCAUCAGGUGGACAGAUUAGUUUGGAUGAUCUAUCUGCUGAAGAAAAGAAACGGUUUCACAGAGCUGUGGCAUCUGGAGAACUGAGCAGGAUGAUUGAUCCAUGGGAACCAUGGUGGUUAAAGCCUUCCGCUGGAAAAAUACGUCUUAGCCAAGACGGGACUCAGCUUGUUCAACCGCUUGCUAGGAAAGAAGAAUCAGGGUUAUCAGAAGCUGAUACUGAUGGUUCCUGUUUGAGUGAUAUUCCUCCUGGCCCUGAAACUCCAUUACUGCCACUUAGCAAGCUUAGCUCAACACCGCCCUCUCCACUUCUAGCUGUCCACCUUGUUGACAUCAUAUAUAGUUACUGCUUCACGGUUCGCCUCUACAAUGGAGAUUGCAAGGCAGAUGCAUUGGGUUCGUUGAUGGUCAUUCUGAGUGUGUCUUCUGUCCUGGGUCAAAGUGGGCAGCCAGAAACCAUGCUUGAAGCUUUAUCUUAUUGCCUAGAGCAGACUUGUUCUCCAGCUUAUCGGCAUGUGGGUGGCUUAAAAUUUGGGAUGGCUCUUAUUGACGAUGUUGUGAGUGUCCUUUCUCUCGGGACCCCUUCUUUGAUCUGCCUUCUUAGCGACCUUCAGAGGCUUGUUCAGGCUGGAGAGAGGGAAAUGAAGCUAGAGAAGCCGAAGAGAUCAAGGAGGACAGAAGUCAAGAAUAAGCUUAAGCUCGCAGAAAGGAAAGUUUAUUUCGCCAUGUGUUGGGUCCAUGAACAGCCCGGGGAGGCUUGGCCUGCCUUGGCAACAAUUGUAGCUGCCGAGAAAAAGGCAGUUCUCGUUCAUGAAGACGGCAAAAGGGUAGGAAAAAGUAGUGACGAAGACAUAAUCCGGGGGAAGACUUUGGUCGAGGAGGUUGAGUAAG